AAUGGUCACCCUGACAGAUUGCAGUGUGGUUUACAAGUAGGAAGCAGCUUGUAUAUCUUGGACCUAGAGAAAAACCAAGAUCUUUUGCCAAAGCCGCCUAACGUGUUCUACUACCUGCCAAACGGAACUGGGGUGUCCAUGAAGGAGAACCCAGUGAUGCAUUGUUACUAUCAUGGUUCAGUGCAAGGUUUCCCUCAGUCCCGUGUGGCACUCAGCUCCUGCUCUGGGUUACG